GCAGUUGCUACGGGAAACGUGCGACAAAACAGCCUUCGUCGAUCGCAAGCUCUCGUUUCGCGGAUUUCGUACGUGUACAAUACACGGGAAUCCAAUACAAAUUUUGUGUGUAGAUUUCCUAUGCAGAGCUAGCUAGCUAGAUUAACGUAAACAAUCUUCACUACGAAAAGAUACAUGGACUUGGCAGCGAGAUUUCUUUGAAAAAGACUUGUUUCUGUUGAUAUUUUUACAUCUUUAACUUUUGGUGAAGGACAGGAAAACUCACGAAAAUGCCGGGUGUCGGCAAAACAAACAGCAACACUCCGAUUACGGAGCAAAUAUCAGAAUUGCAGCGUAAAAUCUCCUUGUUGGAUGGUGACAGGAAAGCAUAUUACGAGAGUUCCCAGUGGACCAUUAAGCAGAACCUUGAAGUCAUCCGUAAGUUGCGACAGGAAAACAAGACCCUACACAAGCGGCUAGCAGCAAGCAAGGCGGGAGAUGACCGGGUACUGGAUAUUGCCUUCAAGAGUCGAGAGGUGGAGCGCGCCUCGCUCAGAGGCAAAUCUGGACGGGAAGCAAUCCGUAUCAUGGACCAGAAGGCGUGUGAGGCCAAGAAAAAACUCAAUGCAGAGAAGUCCCAGACCCUGAAGCGAUUGAAGAAUUUUGCCGAGCUUGAGGUCCAGUAUGAUCAGAUGAUCAAGGAUGCAUCGGAUGCAGAGGCUACCACAGCAGGGACAUCAGAAGAUGCCACAACCCUACGCUCGCUGGAGAAUCGUCUGGACAAGGCCAACCUUAAACUUCAUGAGGCUGAGCACAUCAACCGAACCUAUCUGGCCAUCAAAGAACAGAUGAUCAGGGAUAGUUUGACCUUUGGCAAUGACCUUGACGGCGAAGAGAACGAGAUAGAUCAUCUGAAAGAAGAACUGAAGGAACUCCAGGCCAUGAACAAGGAUGCUCAGAUUGCACGAGAUGCUGCUAAGGCUGAACUGAGCAAGCACGAGGAGACGGUUUACAGGGAGAGACGAGAACGAGAAGAAGCGCUAGCUGUACUCAAGAAACAGGCCGAGGAGAAGAAGGCGCAUGCUGAACGGGUGGAGAGAAGGCUCCAGAGGGCGUCUAUCCAACAUGAUGAUCUCACACCAGAACAGAAGCAGUUUGUCACCGGGGAGGAGGAAGAAAAGAAGAUCAGUACCUUCGAGGAAGCAUUCCAAGCAAUGAAGGAAGCUACAGGGGUAUCGGAUCUUGCGGAGGUUGUUAAUAGGUUUGAGAACCAGAACUCUACGUACCAGCAUCUGACGGAGCUGAAGGAAGCGAAUGAGAAGCAGGUGGUGCGUCUCAAGGAAGAGAAAUCUAGACUCAAUACAGACUUUGAGGAGAUGAAGUAUUCCGGAGAAGCCAAAUUAUCAAGUGGCCAGAGAAUGUUGGAAGAGUUCCAGGCCCAUCUUAAGACUGAGCAGGACCGUUGUGACGAGUCCUCUGAAAAGCUUGAUAAGUGCAGCAAGAUCCUCGUCCAGGUCAAGGCUGGUGUAGCCCAUCUAGCUGAUAAGCUCCAGCACAUCAAAGCAAACAAGGGCCACGUACCCCAGGCCCAGCUGUCCUCGGAGGCUGACGAAUACGUCCUGGAUCUCCUGUCUACCUGCGAAGAGAAGCUUCUUAAACUCAUGGAGGAACUGGAUGGUUUUGAUGUACAGGGGACGCUCAAACAGAUGGAGGAAGAAGAGUUUCAAGUUGGGAUUGAAGGAUCGUUGCCAGCGCAAAACACUCGUAUCAAGCUACCUACCACUCAGAGGGAUACAACUUAUGAUGAUGAGGAUAGUGGUGAUGACGAAGACAUCGUUACCCGGAACGCUCUCAAGAAACAGGCUCAGAUGCUUGUGGAUUCCAAGACCAAGAAGCACAAGGUCCGGGCCCGCAAGAAGAAGGGUGUCAAGUAAGACCAGGUCCAGAUUCCAGAUCCUGGCCCAGCAUGGAUGGAAACCUGGGGGUCAUUUUAUUCCUGUGUAUACAUAGAUUGUGUAUAAUGUGAUAUAACGCUAGUAUCAUCUUGAGUUAUCAUUCAUUCUAAUCCCCUUCCAUGAUAGUCCGCAAAGCAGCGAGCUGUUCUUGAGGGAAAUUGCUAAGGUUUGCAUGGACUUGAUCUACAAGCAGUUGGUCUAACUCUCAGGCGGUCUAAUACCACAUGGGCUUAACCCAUUUGGUCUACUUCCCAGGUGGUCUAAUACCACACAGGUUUAACCCAUUUGGUCUACAUCUCCGGAGGUCUAAUACUACAUGGGCUCAACCCAUUUGGUCUGUUAUCAGUUUGGUCUAAUUUCUCUUUGGUAUACAACUGUACUUGGUCUUAUAUCCACUUAAUCUAAUUGUCCUAAAGUCUUCUGCCCAGUCAACCUUUUUCCACUUUAAAAGGGAAAGGUUAGAAAAAUGAAAUGGGAAUUCAUAAGCAGUUCAACUAAUAUAGUGGAAAUUAAACAAAAUGUUUAAUAGACCAGAUGGUUUCAAGAUGGACUAGUUUUAGAUGAACUAGUAUAAGAACAUUGUAAGAUGAGACCAAAUGGAAUGUAGAUAAUGCAGGAGGUAGACCAAGGGGCAAUUUACCUAUCUGGGACUCUCCUCGUAUGGUUUGGCUCCGUCUUUUUAGUAAAAUGAAAAGUUGCAAUCCCCUCAAAUUAUCAUGGCAUGAGCAGUUCAUAAGCUGAAGUAAGAAUCUAAAAAAUGGAGGUCGGAUGUACCAAAAGGUUGAUUAUUUUUAUGGAAUUGCCCCUAAGUCACCUUGAUGUUUGUUUUGAUGUGAUGCAGCAGUCUCUACAGGUUUAAGUGUGUAAGUCAUGGUAAAAAGGGUUAAAAGCUAAUCACUAUACACCAAUCAUAUUCAUUAAGUUUAUUACCAGGAACAACUUUUUGACUUCAGCCAAAUUAGUCUAGACCGAUCUUACCUGUACAGUAGUACACAUCCUGCUUCAAACCAAAAUGACAUGGUAUUAUUAGUAAUUCUUGGGGAGUUUUUCAUUAGGCAUGUUUCACAUCUGAACGGGCAUUGAGGCUUCGAAAUAAGGUGUGUGAUGGGGGUUAAAUUUCUGCUGACUCAUUAAAAAAAAUCGCACAUUCAUCUUUAGCUAAAGAACUGUGCUUUGAGAGCAAAGUUGUUUUGGGUUUCAGACUCCUCAGAUGUGUGGAAUUAAUGUACAGAUGGAUUUGCCUAUUUAAAAAAAAACUUGGUACCACAGUAUUCUUUUCAACUUGAGGAAAAUGGACUGAGAUAGAGUAAAUAACACAUGAUUUGCCUAUUCUGAUCUGAAAAUUUUCUUGACCCAGGGAUUAUUCAACUUACAGAAUAUCAACCUACACAUAUAUAAGUGUGUAUUGUAUUUAUGAUUACUUUGAAAUGUGAAGAUACACAUUAUAGCUGUGGUAAUGUCCACGUGAUAUCCGUCCAUACACUAUUCGUGUAAAAAAUAAGAUUGUUUUGACAAUAUAUUUUGUUAUCUAUCUCCUGGUUCCGGUCUUACAAAGAGUUGGGAUUGAAGUUAAAUUGAGUACUGUAUUUGCAUAUUCCCUUUUCAUGAAAUAUAUUAAUACGUCAUCAGAAUAACACAAAUAGAGUUAUCUUAUUUAUUACAUAAUGUAUUUGGAAAUGUCACCAACUGUAUUGAAUUUAAAUGCAUCACAUAUACUUGACAAUAACAAUUUGAUGAUGAAAUUUGUGAUUUGAUUAUUAUUUUUUUUUAAUAUUUUUUUUUUCCAAAGUAAAGAUCAUCAUUGUAAAUUAUAUAUUUACUUGUUUAUAGAAUUGGGUGAACUGCUCAAUUUUUUUUAUUUCCAAUUAUGAAACUGAAUUUAUUUUCCCCAUUUUAUUUAUCACAAACAUCUGUGGUUUUCCAAUUGCCUCCAUUCUUUAUGUUAAUCUUGUGUCUUAAAAUUUGCUUUGUAAACUACUGAAACAUGUAUAUAAAUAUGUAUUAAUGGAAUGAUUUUUUUUCUCUGCAGAAAUUAGAAAAUGAUUUUGUACAGAUGUUCAUAUUUCAUAUUGUUACCUGUUACCCCUGUGAAUGAAGAUACUAAAGAGAGAAUUAAAAUAUUGCUUUUAAUAUGA